AUGUAUCGGAAGUUGUCUAAGUUAGAACACUCGGAAAUAAAACAACUUCUUACAGAAGCUAAUAUAGAUGUUGCAAAGCAUUACACAACAAACAAAAAGGCACUCGCUGACAUCCUCAAUGACUAUAAUGGUGAAAUAACUUAUGAUAGAAUUCAUGAGUUCAUAAAGCCGCAACGCGGCGAGGACGAAGUCCAUGCAAGAGCAUUUCCUUUAAAUGACGUUGCUAUUGACUUAUAUCAUAGACGUUCAAUACCUCAUGAAGUAAGAAGAGAAAUGUUUGACAUAACAAAUGCAAACGUUGGUCAUACUCGUAAAGCUCUUUCACAUGACGUUC